CUACAUUAAUUACUACAUGAAUUUCGAUAUGGGUAAUAUCGAUAAAUGUAUUAUAAAUCGAACUACUUUCUCGAAAAAUAGUUAAACAUUCGUUUAAAAUUGUGGUGGCAUCUCAAUCAUGACACUGGGUGAGGAACAAGAAGAUACAACAUUUAGGACUGUAAAUUGUGCUCAAACAAUCAAUAUGAAUGAAACAACCCUGGACAAAAUGAAUGGACAUUUUCAACAGAAUGACGCAACUAUCUCAUUCUUACGAGCUGCGCGCAGCGGGGAUUUAAAAAGAGUGAUCGAUUUUAUAGAAAGUGGUGAGAUAUCGGACAUCAACAGUUGCAAUGCGAAUGGCCUAAAUGCACUUCAUCUAGCUGCAAAGGACGGAUAUCUAGAUAUUUGCUGUGAGCUGCUAAGAAGGGGCAUUAACGUGGAUAAUGCUACCAAAAAAGGAAACACUGCCCUACACAUCGCAUCUUUGGCAGGCCAACAAGAGGUUAUUAACGAGCUUAUCUUAGCUAAAGCUAAUGUAAAUGUACAGUCUUUAACUGGUUUUACGCCGCUUUACAUGGCCGCACAAGAAAACCACGAUAACUGCUGUAGGAUCUUACUAGCAAAUGGAGCAAACCCGUCAUUAUCAACCGAAGAUGGUUUCACCCCACUUGCUGUAGCAAUGCAGCAGGGACACGAUAAAAUAGUGGCUGUUUUGCUUGAAAGCGAUGUUCGCGGUAAGGUUCGUCUUCCAGCACUUCACAUUGCAGCCAAAAAGAACGACGUGUAUGCGGCCAAACUAUUGCUUCAACACGAUAACAAUGCAGAUAUAGUUUCCAAAUCUGGCUUCACUCCUUUGCAUAUUGCCGCUCAUUACGGCAACGUAGACAUAGCCGAACUGCUUUUGAAUAGCAAGGCUGAUGUAAACUAUGUGGCCAAACAUAAUAUUACCCCACUACACGUGGCAGCCAAAUGGGGAAAAACAUCAGUUUGCAGCUUGUUGCUCUCGCGGGGAGCAAAAAUCGAUGCAGCGACUAGGGACGGCCUAACUCCACUUCAUUGUGCCUCUCGUUCAGGCCAUGUUGAAGUCAUUGAAAUAUUGUUGCGUCACAACGCUCCUAUUUUGACAAAAACCAAAAACGGACUGUCAGCGCUUCACAUGUCUGCCCAGGGAGAGCACGACAAAGCAGCUCGAUUACUCUUGGAAAACAACUCGCCAGUGGACGAAACAACCGUGGAUUAUUUAACAUCACUUCAUGUGGCUGCUCACUGUGGUCAUGUGAAAGUUGCUAAACUGUUACUUGACAACAAAGCAAAUCCAAAUGCUCGGGCGCUCAACGGAUUCACUCCUCUUCAUAUUGCUUGCAAAAAGAAUCGCAUAAAAAUUGUUGAACUUCUUAUUAAACACGGAGCUAACGUUGGUGCAACUACCGAAUCUGGUCUGACGCCUCUACACGUUGCUAGUUUCAUGGGAUGUAUGAAUAUUGUUAUAUAUUUACUACAACACGAUGCGAGCCCAGAUAUACCGACCGUACGCGGAGAAACACCACUGCACUUGGCCGCUCGGGCCAAUCAGACGGAUAUUGUUCAAAUCUUGCUUCGCAACGCAGAAGUGGAUGCUGUAGCUCGUGAAGGCCAAACACCCCUACAUGUGGCUUGCCGAUUAGGAAAUAUUAAUAUAAUUACGUUAUUACUGCAGCAUGGAGCGAAAGUGAAUUCUAAAACUGAAGACAACUACACGGCCCUUCACAUUGCGGCAAAGGAAGGGCACCAAGAUGUGGUCCAGUUGUUAUUGAAAAAUGGUGCGGAGCUAGAUGUCUUUACCAAAAAAGGAUUCACGCCGUUGCAUUUGGCUAGCAAAUACGGCAAGCAAAAUAUAGUGGCAAUAUUACUAGAAAAGGGAGCUCUGGUUGACUUUCAGGGAAAAAAUGAUGUGACCUCAUUGCACGUGGCCACGCAUUAUGGCCAUGAGCCAGUGGUUGAAGAGCUCCUAAAGAAUGGUGCUUUGCCAGAGUUAUGCGCUCGAAAUGGGCAAACUGCACUUCACAUAGCCGCCAAUAAGAACAAUUUAAAAAUUGCCCAGCAGUUAUUGCAACACGGUGCAGAUGUUAAUGCUGUAAGCAAAAGCGGCUUUUCUCCCUUGCAUUUGGCAGCCCAGGAAGGCCACUAUGAUAUGGUCACACUACUCCUGGAACAUGGCGCUACGAAUGUGGCUUCCAAAAACGGCCUGACCCCAUUACAUUUGGCUGCACAGGGGGGUCACGUUCGUGUCUCCCAAAUUCUGCUGGAGCAUGGUGCUAACAUCUCGGAACUCACUAAAAAUAGUUAUUCUCCCCUGCAUAUAGCAGUCCACUAUGGUCACCUCGAGCUUGUAAAAUUUUUGCUUGAAAACGAUGCUGACAUUGAAAUGUCUACCAAUAUUGGCUACACACCACUGCAUCAAGCUGCUCAGCAAGGACAUGUAAUGAUAAUUAAUCUUUUGCUACGACAUAAAGCGAAUCCGAAUGCACUAACAAAUAACGGUAAAACUGCACUACAUAUUGCAAGUAACCUUGGCUAUAUCACAGUAAUGGAAACCCUGAAAAUUGUCACCGAAUCAUCCGUAGUUAACACCAAUACUGGUGUUAUUGAAGAUAAAAUCAAGGUAUGGUCCCCAGAGGUUAUGCAAGAAACGAUGCUUUCCGAUUCCGAUGACGAAGCUGGCGAUGAUCUUUUGGAUCACAAUCAUUAUAAAUACAUGGCAAACGAUGAUUUUAAAGCGAAUUUUAGUCGGGAUAACCAAAACUUCGAUACCACAAAUCCCGAACAUGAUCAGUUUGAAAUGUCGGAUCCGCUUAUUCAAGAAAAAGAAAUACUACGAAAGGAAGAAAAAUUUUUGGAUGCCACAGAAAAGGAACGAAAAUCCGAUAAUGUCGUUAUUGUUCGUCCACAGGUUCACUUAGGAUUUCUCGUGUCUUUUUUGGUAGAUGCACGUGGUGGAUCUAUGCGCGGAUAUCGUCACAGUGGUGUCCGAAUUAUCGUUCCACCAAAAGCUUGCUCUGAACCAACACGUAUAACUUGUCGUUAUGUUAAACCGCAUAGGGUUGCCAAUCCUCCUCCCCUAAUGGAGGGCGAGGCACUUGUAAGUCGUAUACUAGAGAUGUCCCCUGUUAAGGAAAUGUUUUCAAGUCCGAUAACACUGGAGGUUCCUCACUUUGGCACGAUAAGAGAGAACGAGCGCGAAAUCAUUAUUUUGCGGUCCGAUAAUGGGGAUACUUGGCAGGAACAUAACCAAUAUGAGAGUAACGCAACAAUUUCAGAUGCCAAUAAACACUGUGACGAUUCUCGUCGAACAGAAGAACUGAAAACAGACCGGAUCAUACGCAUAGUAACGCAAAGUGUUCCGCAUUUUUUUGCUGUCGUUUCGCGUAUUCGUCAAGAGGUGCAUGCGAUCGGACCUGAUGGAGGAACUGUUAGCUCUACGGCAGUACCGCAGGUUCAAGCUAUGUUUCCACCUCAUGCCUUGACCAAGAAAAUUCGAGUCGGUCUUCAGGCGCAGCCAGUUGACUUGGUUGAAUGCUCUAAGCUACUCGGCCAAGGUGUUGCUGUUUCACCAAUAGUCACUGUGGAGCCUCGCCGUCGAAAAUUUCACAAGGCAAUCACACUGACCAUUCCCACUCCAAAAGCUUAUACCAAGGGUAUGGUAAAUUCAGGUUAUGGCAAUGGGAAUCCAGGUUCACCUACUCUGAGACUAUUGUGUUCCAUUUCUGGUGGUCAAACGCGUGCAACAUGGGAGGACGUUACUGGAUCAACUCCUCUGUCAUUUGUUAAAGAUUGUAUAACAUUUACGACUACUGUUUCUGCCCGUUUUUGGCUGAUGGAUUGCCGUAGUAUUGUAGAUGCUGGACGAAUGGCAACCGAGUUAUACGGUCACUUAGCCAAAGUUCCGUUUGUUGUUAAAUUUGUAGUAUUUGCAAAACGAAUCUCUAGAACAGAAGCAAAGUUUUCAGUGUUUUGUAUGACUGACGAUAAAGAGGAAAAAACGCUUGAACAGCAAGAAUAUUUUACAGAGAUUGCAAAAAGCAGAGAUAUUGAAGUGUUGCAGGAUCAGACUAUUUACUUAGAGUUUGCUGGGAACCUUGUCCCAGUUCUUAAAACAGGAGACCAGCUAAAUACCCAGUUCCAUGCCUUUUGCGAAAAUCGGCUUUCAUUUACUGCUCACAUUAAAGAUCCGGAACUUCCACAAGGUCGCAUUUGUUUUAUGACUGGUCCGAAAGUUGGACCUUCAGAAGCACCACAAAAUCCACUGUGCACUUUAAAUGUUUCAUUAGAUGCAACAACUUUGAGAAAGGAUGGUGUUGAAAAGAUUGGUAAACCUCAUAAUAAUAAUAUGAAUUAUUCAGAUAAAAAAGCUGGCACAGAAGAUUUAGUAACAGCUGAACCAAAUCUCAAGGUAACUACCAAUUUUGAGAUUGAGAAAAACCUCAGCAACGCAGAACUAAUUCAGAAGAUCGACCUUGCGUUAUUCGACAUAUGCAGCACCAUAGGAGCCGACUGGCCUCAGCUAGCAAUUGAAUUGGGUGUUUCCGAGACCGAUAUCGAGCUUGUCAAAGCAAAGUACAUACGUGACCACAUCGUUCAGCAAAGCAUGGCUAUGUUGCAGCUAUGGCUAGAGCAGGGAGCUACUUCCAGUGGAAAUGUUAUAUCUGAAGCCCUUGACAGGAUUGGUCGCGCUGAUGUUGUAGAAAAGUUCAUUCAUGAUAUACGCUUUGUCACUGAUGAAUUGGAAAGAAAUCUGGUCACGGAGAGAAUUCAAAUAUUAGUUUAUUCUGACGAGCCAUUCAUGAUGCUUCCAGACGCCACAGCAGAGCCUUCCAAAGAUGACUUUCACCAAUGAUAAAUCCUGUUCUGCGGCGCAGUCACCCCCGAAUGGAUUGUGCACUAAGCGGUCAAACCCUGAAUAAAAAUAAUGAUACAUCCCCAAACAUAUAACCGCAGCGAAUGGACACACUGGAUCCACUUCUUUAAUCAGUUAAAUUAAAAUACAUAAUACAAAUAAUACUUAACAUCUUGUUAAUGUACAUUUUAUUUUCAGAAAACGAUGAUGCGUCAAUUAAUUACAAACAAAUGUUAUUUAAAGGAAAUAAUACAAUUAUUUCUUUAAAAAGUGUACUAUGUAUUUUGUAUUUAUUUGGACUUUAAUAAAGGUCAAUAAUAAAAUUAUUAAUUUUCGGUUAGGA